CAUCACCCAGCUACACGGCCGGUGCCACUGCCAUAUCGCUGCUGCUACGACGACGAGCUAUAAUUGCACGGUGCGUUGCGUUGCGUUCUAUCACAAGACGCGCGCGCGCACGCAGCAUAGAUAUAUAUGGCGAAGAUGCUGUGUAAACGAAAGCAGCAGGCGGCGGCAACGACGAGCAAGCAGCAGGGCUCGACAGCGUCGUCGCCGGUCCGCGCCCGCGCCGGCGCCGGCGACGGGGCAGCGAUGCCGAGAGGGUACGUGCCCAUGCGGCUCGUUGGCGACGGCGGCGAGGACGAGGAGCAUGAUGAGACUGUUCUGGUGCCGGUGGCGCUGCUCAAGGAGCCGCGCAUGGUGGAGCUGCUGGAGAUGGCGGAGCGGCAGUACGGGUACGGCCAGCCCGGCGUGCUGCGGAUCCCCUGCGACGCCCGGCGCUUCGAGCAGCUCAUGGGUCUGGCGUGCAUGGCCAGGUAGCUAGUAGACGGGGGUAGCCUACAGGGGGGGUGCGGUAGUAGUUCUAAAAUUUGUCAUGUACAAAUGGCGUACGCGCGUGCAGCUCAGACGAGUAAGAAGAAAUUCUUGUUCAUCGGCUGUAAGUGCCCUUUUUUGUAUUCUUGUAAUAGGCCUUGCAGAUGCCUGCAACCAUGCAUUGGCUUUGCAAAUUGAAGCCGUUUGUCUUGCAGCUUCAAUCGGGUCACUUCAUCAA